CAAGAUGGAAAAGCCGAUGAAGAAGAAGAUUCUGGUGAAACAACCAUGAUCGUAGCGAGAAAAUACGCUAUACUUGCUUUGUUUCUGCCAGUUUACUCCGAAGCACGUAACCGCAGCUUUUCUACAAGGUUUGUCGGUUACGAAGAACAUCAUUUCACCUCUGCACCUUUGUUUGAAGAAGAAAGCCGAGAAGCCAGAAACGACCAUGACUCGGUCAACGAGGCGCCGCUACUGGCAGCACCUGCGACUCCUCUUGCAAAGCAGAGGAGGCGCCGCAUGGCCUUGUGGGAGUUCAAAGAGAACCUGUUUGACUCCCAGCUCCCCGACACUCCGACAAUCAGAAAGUUCACAAACAGCGUAAUAGUGAGAGUCGGUGUCAAGAAGUGGAAGAGCGUCACUGAAAACUGGACGUUCUGGCAAAAGGUCAAGUACUACCCACUCAUCUUCCUUCUGGGACUAUUCGCCAUCUCUCUCGCAAUUCAACAUCUCACAACCGUCUUCUGCUUUUUCUUAGAUAAGUUGUGCUCCGUGUUCAAUUGCCCCUGCCGGCACGAGACAUUCCUGAGCUGGGCCGAGGAGCAGAUGGCGCGGUACCCGUCAGGAAGGUGGACUCGCGAGGACGGCAGCGUGUGCGAGUACGAGCCGUCGCGGGACGAGGUCGAAAUGAGCGAAGAGCUGGAGUACUUGCUGCUCACGUUUCCACGUGAGCCCGAGGGCUGGCUCGACGAGCUCUACAACGUCGUCAGCAGCUGACAGGAACGUGCGUCAAAAGAAGACAACGCGAAUUAACUGUUUUCUCUUUCUCUCCUAAAUGGCGCAGUUCAUAUAUAUAAUCGUGGCCAAAGCAACCCACAUAAAACAUAAUAAACACAUUUAAAAAAGAAUGCAUUUUGCGAGAGAACGAUCAUGUUUGCACAUGCGUGAAUACUUGGCGAUAAACAAGGAGGUGGUAGUGCCCAUAGUCUAUGCUCGAUACAUGGGCUCAUUGAUCUCUGCUACAAAGGAGAUCAGUGAGUGGGCCUUUCGUUUCGCUGACACCACACAUGUCCUGUUAUUAUCUGCUCAA